CGCAUGUUAACAACUCCACUCUAGCACUGUGGUGGGCCGAUCACCACACCUCGUAAGCCAAGGAGUCCGCGCAGAAGCACACACGGCCGUCGACUGAAACGACGCGCGGAUCUUGACUCGGCGUCGAUGCUCUCUGACGCAACAUUCUCUCGCAGCUGUUGCCCACCCUUCUGGAGCAUUAGCAUUCCCAAAUAUCGUUUGAUGAACUUGUUGGACCUUCCUGCUCCUCACCGUAUGGCUAUGCUGCAAAUUAUGAGCCCAUCAAUCAUUCAAUUUGUUAACGUAUGACAACGGCGGGUUGUAUUUGUUUACAGGAACUUGUCACAAACAGCUUCUCGAUCCGACAAGUGUGAGUCGUUAUCGAAAACUGUGGAUCCAAGUUUAUAAAAGUGAAGUUUACAAAAUUUUGUGAUUGAACUUUUUGAAUUCUUUAAACAAGAUGAGGUUUUGUGUAUAAAUUUCUUAAUCAGUGGUAUUUAGUGAAAAGUGAUGGUGUAAGAGACUGAGUUUAAGAAACUCGUUCAAAGAUAUUAUUUUUAUUGACUAUCGAAAAGUCUAGACGUUGUUCUAGACUAAGCACUGACGAUCGUGGCGUCGUAGUAUGUCCUGCUCUCCAUGCGGUUACACUUACACAUCGACACCUCAGUUUCUGAUGACCGGACAGCAUCCUAGUGUUCCUUAUCCUACACCUAGUACAAUGCCUCCAGAUACCUUAGUGAGUCAGGCGCAUCCAGGCACCGGCGUCUGCUCUCUGCCCUAUGAUGGUCGUCUGCUGGGCACGGCCUAUCCGAGACUAUCAGAGUUGUACGCGGGUGCAGGUUACCCGGACCCGGUGGCGGCCUCUUACAUGACCGGCCUCGCUCCCAACCACCCCGCUGUCAUCUAUCCUACCUCACUGACUUCCCCGUAUGACAUGAAAGAUCCCCGGACGGCUUGGGCAACUCUGCCGCAGGCAGCUGGCUAUCCAUGCGAUCCAACGUUCGCCGCUUACGGACCUUACGGAGACAGGUUUGACCCAGUGGACAGCGAGGCAAGGCGUCGUAAUGCGACACGUGAAACGACGAGCACCUUGAAAGCUUGGUUAAACGAGCAUCGAAAAAAUCCCUACCCAACGAAAGGGGAGAAGAUAAUGCUGGCGAUCAUCACUAAGAUGACUCUCACCCAAGUGUCCACCUGGUUUGCCAAUGCUCGCCGGAGGCUGAAAAAAGAGAAUAAAAUGACCUGGGAACCCAGGAAUAAGACGGGUGACGAUAUGGAUGACGUCUCCGUAGAUGAAGAUGACGACAAAGAAGAACCCAGUGAAGACGACAAAAACAGUACAAAUACCGAUGCCAGUAACGAUCAGAAAACACGUGAAGAGCCAACAAGGAGUGAAAACAAAGGCAGUAAUUCUGACGAAGAAACAACACACCAGCGUGAAUCUUCUCCUUUCAAGAGUGUCUCGGAAUCUUGCAGAGAUGAAUCUACGCCAAAGACUAUCGAAAACUCUCCUGUCAAAUUAAGAGUGACUGAUAUUUCUGAUAGUAAUAAGUGUGAUGAAGGAAUUGUAGCUGAGAAGCCAAAAAUCUGGUCAUUGGCACAAACAGCCACUUCAGAGAGUCCACCUACUUCAAGGAAGCAUGGUUUGGAACAGCAACAAGAAGAUUUCAAUAAAAGGCUGAGGAGAAUGGUUUAUCAUGAAUCCUUUCAUUCUCCAGACGUGUCUCAUCAGUCUCCUUACCAUAGAACCAUACCUAGAUUACACCAGGACAGCUCAGCAGAUUCAUCGUUGUCAUCUCCGCCGCUCUGGAGAGCAAGUGAUCUGCACGGCCUCAAUCAUAGUGAUAAGUUUGGACGCGUUACACCGCUGGAUUCAAACGAUCUGGUCUCGGUAUCUCCUUCUUCAACUGGUUCACCUGCAAUGGUAUCCUCUAACUUAGAUGCACCUAGCACUUUAUCUCCCAGCCUCAGUUACAAUCGCUUAUUGGGCUGUAGGCUGCUAUCUUGCAGUGACAGUGCACCUGGAAGUAUGAGGCAUAAUCCUGUUGAUCAUAGUCAUUAUUAUACCACUCAAGCUAAUUCGAUGCCACCCACCCUGGACUUAAGGACUUUACAUUCUGCUUUCCUCAGAACGUCCCCAUUUGCAUAUCCGGUUGGUUUUACAGCUACUUCGCCUUCAGUUCAUCAUAAUCCCUCGACGACAACAGCCUGCAAACCUAAAACAAAUGAUGGUAGCCAAAGCAGAAGCAGCAGUUAACGGACUGCAAUAGCUGAACACUGAUAUAAUGCCUCCUCUCUCAUUUUGAACAGUUCCAAAAUGAAUACAUAAAAAUGAGAUUUUACAUUCCUUUGAAAGUGUCUUACUACAGCGAAAGAAAUGCCCGUCUGAAGCGCGUUGAAAGCUUUGAGCACCGUUGUCAUUCAUAUCAAAUGUUUAUUGCAAAACUGAGGAAAAGAUAUGUUCAAAAAAAUUCAUUGUAAUUUAUUAUAAUCGUCGUUCGGGCGUAUAAUAUAGGGCACAGUUAUCUCAGAUUCAAAACUCAUAAAUCAUUGUGUUUCCUUUCAAAGGAUAACUGUCACAUUAAAGGAGGUUUGAAAUCUUUUUCAUCAUAAAUAGGCCUAGUAUAAUUUAUGUAAAAAUGUAUGCACGAAAAUUUUGCUCUCAGUGUUUCCAUGUACUCUAUUGUAAAUAAAAUAUUUUUUGUUAUACAUGAUUAUUGAAAAAUAAUAAAAAAUUAUGAACUCA